GAUGGAUUAUUUUUUAAUUUUUUUAAAAAUUGUAUUUGUUACUUUAAAUGCAGUUGGCUUUCGGUUCCGGCCAAAUUAUUUUUAGCCCAAUACGGCCCUCGAGUCAAACAUUUUGGACAUCCCUGCUUUAUUGUAAAGGUAAAUAAUAGGUAAAAAUAUGUGUGCUUUCAACCAGAAAGGCUCUGGUUGCCAACAAUCUUUCGCAACAUAACUUAAAAUCUUGACUUGAAGAUCUUUGUGAACAUAUGACAUAGUAUGUGUGAGUCACUUUUCAGGGAGACAAUACAGUAAACAUUGAUUGAUGUUUCACACCUGUCACAAUUUGUGACUGAAUGUAACCGAGCAAAAAUGACUUACGUGUUUGUUUUUUCUGACAGAGAUGACGGUUUGAAGAAGGAAACGCUUCAAGAAGAGAAAAAAAAAAGUGACUUUUUUCCUUGAUGCGUGUAGGCUGCUCGCUUGAAGUGACUUGGGUGGGGCAGAGAUGUGACAGACUUAAGGAAAAGUAAAGGUGGGUGGAGGGAGUGGGACUUCCCUUUAAAAGGCCGGGCUUUAAAAAGUAUUUUCUUGAAGAAUCAUCAGCAAGCCAUGCAGAUGUUGACCAUUUGAACAUAUGCCAGGACCACUUCUUACAAAGAUUUCUAAUUGAUUCUGCAGGAACUGCAACCCCUCAUGGCCAACUCCAACCUGAAGACUCAAAUCAAUGAGAAGGACGGCGAGGCCGCCGUGCAGACGACCCCAACCACAAGCCUGCGGAAGGCUAAGGCCCACUUCCUGAAGGGGGUCUCAUACUUCGCUGGAGACAUGCCACUGUUUGCCAAAUGGAUGGAAAAACAGUUUUUCCUGCUCCAAUUACUGGACUGGGUUCUGCGCGGAGCUGCCCAGGUUAUGUUUGUCAACAACCCCCUGAGUGGCCUCAUUAUUUUCGCCGGCCUCAUACUGCAGAACUACUGGUGGGCACUCAACGGCUUUGUGGGGACUCUCUUUGCCACCGUCUCGGCCCUCAUUCUGCGACAGAGCAGGGGUGCCAUAGCUGCAGGACUGUAUGGAUACAAUGGAAUCUUGGUGGGCUUGUUGAUGGCUGUCUUCUCCAAUGCAGGAAACUGGUACUGGUGGCUCCUGCUGCCCAACGUCUUCAUGUCCAUGAUGUGCCCGAUUCUGUCCAGUGCCUUGGCGUCCAUUAACAGUCGCUGGGAUCUCCCCGUGUUCACGCUUCCCUUCAACAUCUUAGUGUGCCUCCACAUGGUGGCCACGGGUCACUACAAUCACCACUUCCCCCAAGUCCUCAUCCAACCCCGCUCGGAGCUGCCCAACAUCACCUGGGCGGACAUUGACGUGGCGAAGCUCUUUAUGUCCGUGCCUGUGGGAAUAGGCCAGGUCUACGGCUGCGACAACCCCUGGACAGGAGGCCUCUUCAUCAUCUCGCUCUUCAUCUCUUCCCCUAUAACAUGCGCUCACGCUGUGCUCGGUUCUACCAUUGGCAUGGUUUCAGGACUGGCUUUGGCGGCUCCAUUCGGCGACAUUUAUUUUGGCCUGUGGGGAUACAACUGCGUGCUCGCGUGCAUCGCCAUCGGCGGAAUGUUCUAUGCUCUCACGUGGCAGGUGCACUUGCUUGCUAUUACCUGUGGGUUCUUCUGUGCAUACCUGGGCUCCGCCAUCGCCAACAUCAUGUCUGCGUUUGGUCUGCCUGCCUGCACCUGGCCCUUCUGUCUCUCCGCACUCACGUUCCUCCUCAUCACCACGGAGUGCAACAAGAUCUUCAAGCUGCCGCUGGCCAAGGUCGCCUACCCGGAGAAAAAUCUCGGCUUCUUCUGGAAAAUGAAGAAAAAGGAGAAGGCAGAGAAGCUCGAGGAGGAAAAGAAAAACCAAGAGGAGAAGAUUCUCGACGAGGAAGAGCAGCUGAGGCUCGCGCUUCAAAACAUUGAAUGAAACUAGGGAUGUCCGAUAAUGGCUUUUUGCCGAUCCGAUAUUGUCCAACUCUUUAAUUACCGAUACCGAUAUCAACCGAUACCGAUAUCAACCGAUAUAUACAGUCGUGGAAUCAACACAUUAUUAUGCCUAAUUUGGACAACCAGGUAUGGUGAAGAUAAGGUACUUUUAAAAAAAAAUUGAUAAAAUAAAAUAAGAUAAAUGAAUUAAAAACAUUUUCUUGAAUAGAAAAGAAAGUAAAACAAUAUAAAAACAGUUACCGGUACAUUGAAAAUAGUAAUUAAUGGAAAUUAGUCAAAUUAACUGUUAAAGGUUAGUACUAUUAGUGGACCAGCAGCACGCACAAUCAUGUGUGCUUACGGACUGUAUCCCUUGCAGACUGUAUUGAUAUAUGUUGAUAUAUAAUGUAGGAACCAGAAUAUUAAUAACAAAAAGAAACAACCCUUUUGUGUGAAUGAGUGUGAAUGAGUGUAAAUUGGGGAGGAAGGUUUUUUGGGUUGGUGCACUAAUUGUAAGCGUAUCUUGUGUUUUUUAUGUUGAUUUAAUAAAAAUUAAAAAAAAUUAAAAAACGAUACCGAUAAUAAAAAAACGAUACUGAUAAUUUUUGAUAUUACAUUUUAACGCAUUUAUCGGCCGAUAAUAUAGGAACCAGAAUAUUAAUAACAGAAAGAAACAACCCUUUUGUGUGAAUGAGUGUGAAUGAGUGUAAAUGGGGGAGGAAUUUUUUUUGGGUUGGUGCACUAAUUGUAAGUGUAUCUUGUGUUUUUUUUGUUGAUUUAAUAAAAAAAUAAAAAAUAAAAUAAAUUUAAAAAACGAUACCGAUAAUAAAUAAAUAAAAUACCGAUAAUUUGUGAUAUUACAUUUUAACGCAUUUAUCUGCCGAUAAUAUAGGAACCAGAAUAUUAAUAACAGAAAGAAACAACCCUUUUGAGUGAAUGAGUGUGAAUGAGUGUAAAUGGGGGAGGAAGGUUUUUUGGGUUGGUGCACUAAUUGUAAGCGUAUCUUGUGUUUUUUAUGUUGAUUUAAUAAAAAUAAAAAAUACAUUUUUUUUUAAAAAUGAUACCGAUAAUAAAAAAAACGAUACCGAUAAUUUCUGAUAUUACAUUUUAACGCAUUUAUCGGCCAAUAAUAUAGGAACCAGAAUAUUAAUAACAGAAAGAAACAACCCUUUUGUGUGAAUGGGAGGAACAACCCUUUUGUGUGAAUGAGUGGGGGAGGAAGGUUUUUUAGGUUGGUGCACUAAUUGUAAGUGUAUCUUGUGUUUUAUAUGUUGAUUUAAUAAAAAUAAAAAAAACAUACCGAUAAUAAAAAAAACGAUACCGAUAAUUUCCGAUAUUACAUUCAAACGCAUUUAUAAGCCGAUAAUAUAGGAACCAGAAUAUUAAUAACAGAAAGAAACAACCCUUUUGUGUGAAUGAGUGUAAAUGGGGGAGGGAGGUUUUUUGGGUUGGUGCACUAAUUGUAGGUGUAUCUUGUGUUUUUUAUGUUGAUUUAUUAAAAAAAAAAAAAAAAAAAAAAAACACACAAAAAACGAUACCGAUAAUAAAAAAAAAAACUAUACCGAUAAUUUCCGAUAUUACAUUUUAACGCAUUUAUCGGCCGAUAAUAACGGCCGGCCGAUAUAAUCGGACAUCUCUAAAUGAAACCAUUACAAUCAUUAAGAUACCUCUCAGCUCACACAACUCUCUCAGAAUUUACCAUAUUUACAAUAGAAUAACAUGAAUGAAUGCCAUGACCCGGGUAACGGAUCAUGACAUUCAUUCAUGCCCCACCUUAAGGGACGAAUACCAGACGUCCCAAGGUAGGGUGGAGCUACUAGGAGAGGACCCUCAUUGGUUAGCGAUGCUGCUGUGUUAAACUAAUAUUAAGGAUCAUUUUUGUUGAGACAAAUAAGACAGGAGUGAUAAUUAGUUUUAGCUAAGGCACAAGUGUGUUUUCAAGUUAUUAAACUAUUACCGUAUUUUCCGCACUAUAAGGCGCACCUAAAAACCACAAAUUUUCUCAAAAGCUGACAGUGCGCCUUAUAACCCGGUGCGCUUUAUAUAUGGAUUAAUAUUACGAUUCAUUUUCAUAAAGUUUCGAUCUCGCAACUUCGGUAAACAGCCGCCAUCUUUUUUCCCGGUAGAACAGGAAGCGCUUCUUCUUCUACGCAAGCAACCGCCAAGGUAAGCACCCGCCCCCAUAGAACAGGAAGCGCUUCUUCUUCUACUGUAAGCUACCACCCGCCCCCGGAAGAAAAAGAAGCGCGCGGAUAUUUCGUUUCAUUUCCUUUGUGUGUUUACAUCUGUAAAGACCAGACUACAAAAUGCACGUACGGUGAAUAUUCGCACCACAGGGAAUGAGAAGUCGUCCUUCACUGUGGUUCUAGCUUGCCAUGCUAAUGGCCAGAAACUUCCUCCCAUGGUGAUAUUCAAAAGGAAGACCUUGCCAAAAGAGACCUUUCCAGCCGGCGUCAUCAUAAAAGCUAACUCGAAGGGAUGGAUGGAUGAAGAAAA